CCACGGGCAAAAAUGCUCGAGGCCUCGAGAUCAGAGUUUCCGUUCGUGGAACACGGGUGCAGUUAUGUCAGUUCUGUCGCAAGCUUCGCCGCGGCCAGACGUGCAAGUGGCGUUGCUUACGCGCCGGGGUGAAACUUGCAAGCUCCCCCUUAUCGAGCUUUCAAAUGGCUGUGCCUUUUAGAUUUUGACAUUUUCUUCAUCUCCCCUUCUCCUGUUGUACACAUUUUUUUUUUAUUGCCUUUGUAUUGUUCAAGUAUAUGUAGUUCCGAUACGCCGUUUCCGCCACCAGGAAGUCAUCCCUCGACAUGCCACGAAAAAUCGGAUUCAACGUCGUAUACGCAACCAGCGAAGAGGACAGGCACUCCUCGUUGGAAUUGAAUGUCCAUGGGCCGACGGUAAGGGGUUGGCAAAGUUCACGAAGAUGUACAUAUCCACAAGAACUGAUUCUACGCCUUCACGGCCCGACAAAGCUUACGAGAAUACAAGUGUUGGCUCAUCAAUAUUUAAUUCCUGAAAAACUUGAGAUUUGGACCUCGAGAGAGGAGAAUGCCUCCGUGACGACAGAGUUUAGCUAUUUGGGUUACAUCACGUUGUCCGACAACGCCUCGACCAUGUACAAAAGUAGAGAGCUGAAGAGCGUUGCUCUUCCGGAAACGGAGGCGGUCUCGCUUAAAUUGAGACUUCACAAACCGCACAGUAACGCGCACAAUGUUUAUCAACAGGUCGGCCUUAUCGCCAUUAACAUCCUCGGCGAGCCUUACGGGCAAGAGCUGACCGGCCAAGGUGAUGCGCCCUACAAUCCCCACUACACGUCCCCCUACGAUGAUUUGGCGUUCGAGAUGUACGUGGACCGCGAGGUGGCCAAGAUCAUAAGGCAGAUGGAGGCAAAAAAGUUGCAGGCCGUGGAGGAGGAAAGAUUCGAAUACGCAUCGAAACUCAAAGUGGCGAUGGAGAAUUUAAGGAAAGCCGGUGAACGGCUCGGGAAAUACGAGUUGGAAAAGAAAUAUGCCAUAGCGUUGGAAGAUUACGACAAGGCCAAAGCGAAAAAGGCACAGGCGCAGCAAUACAGGCAGCAAGUUUAUCAAAGUUUAGAGGUGCAAGAUCUGCUGGAGCUUCAAGGGCCGUUGGAAAAAAAUAACAAGUCGUCUGUCGAGGGAAAGGAACCUAUAUCGAUAGAUACAUGCACCUCGAACACAACUACCGUUCCUGAGGAUAUUACGUCACCUCCGAGAUUGGUGAUUCCACCUAAUCGCGAUGGAGCUAUAUCGCCGACUGGUCCCGCGCAUCAACCACCUGUUUCACCUUUGCAUCAAAAACCGAAUAGUCCUGGUAAGGUUAAUUUCCAUUGCGAAUUUUGAGA